AUGCAAUUUGAAUCUUUAAGAAAGCUUCAGAAACAUAUUUAUUGCCAUCUUCUCGCAGAUGAUGUCAAUAAUAUUUCAUUUAACGUCAAAAGAGAUAAAUUUUGCAGCGUUUUAUCAUUAAUUGACGAUCCAAAUUUAACUCCAUUUGCCAAAUUCGAAUCUAAAUACAAUUCAGAGAAUACAUCAAUAAUUGGUAUUGUAGAUACACAUUUAUCUGCAUAUGCUUCCAUUAGUCAACAGCUAAAGAAAGGAUUUCAAGUAGAAGUUGAUGCAUCAACAAGGAAUUUCACUCCAUCACUAUUUAUGAAACAACCAACAUUUUAUGAUGACAUGAUUUCUAUUGCAGGAAUCAUUAAUUCAAAUCCAAUCUCUACAAAAUUCGCGCUUGGUUUAUCCAAAUCCAAUUCAUUUCUUACCCUCUUUUCAUUUAAAUCAAAUACAUUUGAAGCAAAACUUAAUUUCUCAGUUACCGAAAAUAAUGCAAAGCUAACUACUUCUGCUCUUCAUCAAAGUGGCAUAAUGUGCAGCGUUUCUGCUGAUAUUGCUCAACUUACAGCUAGUCAGCUAGAAAUUGGCCUCAUAAAAGGCACUAAAAAUAAAGGAAUUUAUUCCGUCGUUGAUAUCCUCAAAAAAUCAAUGACCAUUGGCGGAACCACCCCAUUCAAACUCGGUACAAUGGGAUUUAUGGCUAGUGCAGACAAAAAUCUAAAGCCAACCGUUCAAAUUGGAAUGAAAUUGCCAAGGAAGGCUUCAUUUACAUGUUUCUGUUCCCAAGAUGGCUUUGUUAGGAUGAGGGCCGACUUCUCACCUCGUCCAUGGCUUGAUGUCCAACUUAGAUCUCAUGCUAACGCUCUUGAUUCAUUUAACCAAGUUGGAUUUGGAUAUUCGCUUAAGUUCAACAUUUAA